AUGCCUGUGCCCACGAUAUUCUACCUCUUCGAGCACGGUCCGCCCCAAUGGCUGCGCGACUGGGCCGUGCCCAUCUCCGUUGCCGUCGCGGCGCUGACGCUGCUCUACCUGAUCAAGCGCUACACCGCGGGCACCACGUACGAGACCACCAAGCGCAUGCACGGCAAGGUGGUCAUGAUGACGGGCGCGACAUCCGGCAUCGGCGCCGAGGUGGCCUUUGAGCUGGCCAGCCGCGGCGCGCAGCUCGUCUUUCUCACGCACGCGCCCAUGACGGACCCCUUCCUCGUCGACUACAUCCAGGAGCUGCGCGACCGCACCUCGAACCAGCUCAUCUACGCCGAGCACGUCGACCUCUCGAGCCUCCACAGCGUCCGCAAGUUUGCCACGGCCUGGAUCGACAAUGCGCCCCCGCGCCGCCUCGACAUGGUCAUACUGUGCGCGUCCACCAUGACGCCGCCCGGCGGCGCGCGCCGGGAGGUCGACGGCGGCGGCGUCGAGGAAAUGUGGAUGGUCAACUACCUGGCCAACUUCCACCUGCUGGGCAUCCUGAGCCCCGCGAUCCGCGCCCAGCCGUUUGACCGCGAGGUUCGCGUGGUCAUGGCCACGUGCUCGUCGUACAUUGGCGCGCCGUCGCUCCGCGAGGCCAUGACGCCCGAGACCUGGACCCCGUCGCGCGCGUACGGGCGCAGCAAGCUCGCGCUCAACGUCUUUGGCAUCGCGUACCAGAAGCACCUCGACGCCUACAAACGCCCCGACGAGAUGCCCAUGACGGCGCGCGUCGUCUUUGCCGACCCGGGCCUGUGCCGCACACCUGGCACGCUGCGGUGGCUGACGAGGGGGUCCAUCACGGGGCUCAUCUUUUACGUGCUCGGAUACUUUUUCCCUUGGCUUCUGCUCAAAUCGGCAAGUGGCGGCGCGCAGUCGAUACUUUACGCGGCCAUGGAGUCGGAUCUGACGAGGAAGACGGGCGCGCGGCUGAUCAAGGAGUGCUAUGAAGUAGAUUUCGCACGGGCCGAGGUCCAGGACGAGGAGGUUUCCAAGAAGCUCUGGGAGGAGAGUGAUGCGCUCAUUGAAAAGACGGAAAAGAGACACGCCAAGCAGCGUGCGCAGGAAAAGGCCAAUGAUGUCAAGAGUGAAGAGAAGAAGAAGGAAGACGAGCAGGUCAAGGAGAUUGAGAGUCUCAUGACGGCAGUAAAAAAGGGAAAAGAACAGCAAAAAGAAAAAGAAAAGGAGAAGAAGGGUGGAAAGGCAAGAAAAAGGGUCAAAUAA